AUUUUUAAAUAAAAGUUUCUUAUUAAAAUUUUUUAGAAUUCAAAAGAAAAAUAUAUAUAUUUUAAUAAUCUAUUAAAUCAAAGAUGUAUCUGAAGUAUGGUGCAUUCCUUUGGUUCUGUAUCGUUCAUUCGACAUUCGCGCAGGAACCAAGAAGCGCGGAAGAAAUAUUCGGUACAACUAAGAACGAUUACGUAGCGUUCGCGCCUAAAGUGUUUAGGCCCGGUACGCCUUUUAGGAUAUCGGUCAUAAUAUUCAACCCCGAUUGGAUAGAAAGCAAAUUUACUUUCGAACUAGUCGACGCAACGGAUAUCGCGCUUACUAGGGUCGAACAAUUUUACGAACCCGGAACGUUGACGGUGACGGAUUUAGCGAUACCAACCGUGUUAGACCCGGGUAUCUAUUACGAUCUCAAGUUGACAGUCGUCGGUCCCAAAGUUUCUUACGACAUCCUAGAAAAGCGCAGAUUGUUACUGAGUCGAAACACCGCCAGUUUAUUCAUUCAAUUGGACAGACCGCUCUACAGGGGCGACGAUAUUGUUUCGAUAAGGGUUAUAGCGGUCUUGCCCGACUUAACUUCUUUCAAGGGUCUCGUUAACAUAUUCAUAGAAGAUUCCCGCAAACAUAGGAUAGUCCAAUGGUUAGAUCAAAGUGUUGGUGUAGGUCUGAUUAGCAAGGAAUUCGCUCUCGGUUCGCAUCCCAUAUCAGGGAAAUGGAGCGUCCACGCUUUCAUAAAGGGGGAACGCGAAAUUAUUAAACCAUUCGACAUUAGUGACGAUCAGUUGCCGAUAUUCGAGAUUAAGAUAGAUAUCGUUCCGUUCCAGGUGGUAGGAAAAGAUGUGUCAGGUGUCAUUGAAGCCAUUUAUAAGUUUGGGGAACCUGUCCAUUCAACCGGACAUAUAAAGGUGUCGUUCGAGAACAAUCCCGAAUGCUCUCUCAAAACUUACGAACAAGAUAUUGCCCUGCCAGAAGGGUAUUUCGAAUUUAACAUACCAUACCCGGAAAUAGAAAAGCUUUGUAGCACCCCGUUAAUCGGCGUCCUAAUCAUCAAGGUGUCAAUCAUAGACGAGGCCUCGCGGAUCGAAAGCGUCGCUUUUGUGCCCACCAAAUUUUUCGUUUUCCCUUUCAAAGUCGUGUUUUCUUCCAGCAAUCCCACCUCCUUCAAGCCCGGGUUAACUUAUAUAGGCUACGUGAAAGUGAUUCAACAAGAUGGGAGACCCCUUCCCGCCUACGAUGAGGACAUAGUGGUAAAGGCGACGGCUAGUUCCGUGGCACCGCCAUUCUUCGAAAAAUCUUACCCGAUAAACGCCGAUGGGAUAGUUCGGUUCGAGAUUACUAUACCCCCCGAUAUUAUCACCCUUACUAUAAAUGCCCUGCUGAUAAAAUCCAAGAUCGGUGCCGUAAGCAAAAUCGAGAACAUUCAGCAAUCGAAUACGAAUUCCUUCUUAGCCCUUUCGCUGUUAACCUUUGAACCCAAAGCCGGAGAAGUAGCGGAAUUCGAAGCCAGAGCAACCGACCCCAUCUUCGAAAUAUUUUACAUCGUGUUAUCCAGAGGCACCAUAACAUUCACGGGGAAUGUAGUGAUAGGAGAAAGGAAUAUAGUUUCUUUCUAUGUGGCGCUUACUACAGAUAUGGCCCCUUUGGCUAGAUUGGUAGCCUUUUACAUCAAGGACAGGGAACUAAUCGUUGACGCCCUCAAUUUCAAGGUCACGGGAAUUUUCAGGAAUCAAGUCGAUGCCACCUUCACAAAGCCGGUGGUGCCACCUCACACGGAGGCGGAUCUCGUCAUCCAUACCAAUCCCGAUUCCUUGGUUUGCGUUCUUUCUUUGGACAAAAGGGUCGUCAUAUACAGCAGAGCCUACGAUGUCACGCCUUACGACGUAUUGUUAUCUCUUUCCCAAUUCGACACAACUGAGGGUGGCUUCAACGUUUUGGAAAAUGGCGAAGUAUCUGUUACGAUUGGCGGGAGAGAUACUUUGACCAUAAUCGACCAAUCGGGUCUUCAAGUGUUUACCGAUGCUGAUAUAGAUUUUUCUAGAAGUUCUAACAUGCUUCCAGAAGGUAAAUGCGUCGGGGAUUGCACAUUUAGCCCCUACGUAAGUCAAGGAGGGUUGACAGAAGAACUAGGGUAUAUCAGAAAGUUUUUCCCGGACACCUGGAUAUGGAAGUGCCUGCCAACAAGUCCAGAGGGUGAAGUCGCCAUCAAAGAGAUAAGCCCGGAUUACCUGACCUAUUGGGUCACCAGCGUCUUUUCGCUCCACCCUGAAUACGGUUUAGGAAUUUUGCCGGCUCCUACAUUGUUGAGAGUAUUUGUGCCCUUCUUCACGUUCGUCAAGGCACCCACCUUUGUCAUUCUAGGGGAAGUCGUUGUCAUUCAAGUUGUCGUUUUCUUUUAUGGGGACGUCCCAUUAAAAUCGGUAUUGGUUGAAAUUCGGGAAUCUCCUCAAUUUUUGCACAUACUCAAAGAUGGAUCCACUAGACCAGGGAUUAGGAAAGGAUUGAUACCAGCAAUUAGACCUGGCGGAUCGGGAGUUAUUCUAUUUCCGAUUAAACCAAUAGUGCUUGGAUCGAUAGAACUUAUCAUUGAUUCUCAAUCCAUUCCGUACUCCGAUUCGUCCAUUAAAGUCUUCGAAGUCAGGGCUGGAGGCUUGCCGGUCACUGUUACAGACACGCUGUUCAUAGAUCUGAAGCAAUUCAUUCCUUGCGGCAGAAAAGAAACCCUCGUUUUUUCCCAGGUCUAUCCGCUUCUAUUUCCUCCGGGAGUCAUACCGGGAUCUUUAAAUAUUGAUGUCGCAGUUACAGGGGAUAUACUGGGACCGGUUAUAACGGGACUGACCGAUGAUAAGUUUCUACAAUUUCUUCCCACGGGCUGUGCGGAGCAAAACUUGAUAUACUUCGGACCCCUGAUAUAUACGUACAAGUACCUGCUAGCCACUCAACAACUAGAGGAUUCUUUCAGGCUAAAAGCUAUCAUCAAUAUGCAGAAAGGAUACGUAGUAGAGUUAAGUUUCCAACGACCAGAUGGUUCCUUCGCGACAUUUCCGCUAAUCGUGCUGCCUCCCACGCUUCCUCCGAUUCCAGCUCUACCGCCAACACUGCACAACGCGCCUAGCACAUGGCUAACGGCUUUCGUGGUCAAGUUAUUCAAGCAGGCGACUCCUUUCAUAUACAUCGAUCAGAAGGUUAUUAUUGGCGCCAUUAACUGGCUGACCACCAAGCAGGGACCCUCAGGAGAAUUCUUGGAAGAUGGAGCUCUCCUACUCGAUUCUAUUCAAGGUGUCGAUAUCAAGAACGUUUAUUCUCUCACCGCAUUUGUGGUCAUCGCUUUGAUCGAGAACAAAGACUUUUCCAAAGAAAUACCAAUUAUAACAGCCGUCAUUUCCAAAUCCCUAUUAUUCUUGGAAUCCAAUCUUCCCACCUUAUUCGAGGAUCCUUACAAGCUAUCUAUCACGUGUUAUGCACUCACUCUAGCUAAAAGUUCUAAAGCACCCUUUUGCGCGGACACCAUUUACAAAAUGGCCGUUAAAGAUGAUAUUUAUAUCCAUUGGACGUAUCUGGAUAACGGAAGAUUGAGCGUGGAAACCACGGCUUACAACUUACUCACGCAUCUCUUACUCAACAGAAUUUCGGACGCUACCAAGAUCGCCAGAUGGCUUGUCGUUCAGCAAGGCGGAUAUGGUGGCUUCUAUUCGACUCAGGAUACGAUAAUAGCUCUACAAGCAUUGGCCCUAUUUUCCGAAUUGACGUUCUGUCCCGAUCCCAUAUACAGAGUCAAAAUCAAAUUUGGCGACAAAAUUUUUCCCUUCACAAUUAAUAGAAUUAACGCGAUACUAUAUCAAACCGUUUCCUUACCUAUAGGCGAUAUCAUCCCCAAGGAAAUCUUUAUAGAUGCAGCUGGACAAGGUGUGGGAUUAGUGCAGGUAACCUCUAAUUAUCACUUGGACGAAAAGGCGAUAGGCUCGUUUAAAGGAAAGGCCAGUAGUAAGUCAAAGGAAGAAGUUCUUAGCGUCAAGCCAAAGGUAGUAACUAUUACUGGCAAGUCAAAGGAAGAAGUUACAGACAAGCCAAAAAUAGAAACUUUUACUGGCAAGUCAAAGGAAGAAGUUACAGACAAGCCAAGGGUAGAAACUUCUAUUGGCAAGUCAAAGGGAGAAGCUAUUGGCAAAUCAAAGGGAGAAGUUAUCAGUAAACCUACUCUGAACUCUACAAUGGUGGAUAAUUCUUCCACUUUUUCUCCUAUAAUUCUAAGAAUAGAUAAUGGAUCGGCAAUAAAAUCCAAUUUAACCUUCAUAACAGCUUUGUCUAAAGCCAAUGUAGAUCAAGGUAAACAACAUUUCUCUUUACUCAUCAUCACGUUGGCGAGCAGUGAAAUAUUGGGAGUCAAAGCUUGUACAAAGUGGAAUCUGGAUAAGCCUUCCGACAGUGGAUUUACGAUGCUGGAAAUGGGAGUUCCCACCGGAUUCAAGCCUGAUGUAGGAUCGGUGAGUUUGAUAGACAGCUUAGCUUCGGUCAAGGAAGACAAAGACAAAUUGGUCUUUUACCUUAAUGGGGUUACCGGAAGUCAAAUAUGUUUGGAAUACAAAUUGAAGAGAAUAGAUUUGGUCGGAAAUCAAAAGCCCGUUCCUUGUAAAAUUUACCAAUAUUAUAACCCAGAUACUGUUGUGACAAAAUUCCUAGACGCUGUAACGGAACGCUUGAAGACGGUAUGCGAUUUGUGCAAAGCGGGAUGCGUUAAUUCUUGUCCAGCGUUUGAUAUAUCCGCAAAUUCCACUAAAUACUAAUUCAUAUAUUAUUGUAUGUAAAUAAAAACAAAAUUGAUUUUAAAAAUUUUUAUAACCUCCAUUCAUAUAUAUUUUUUUAAUAUUCUUAUUUUUUUUAAAUGAAUAGAUUUGUAGUUUUUUUAAACAGUAAUGAUUUAUUUAAAUAAAGUGUAUGUUUUUAAA